CUUGGCAACGAGCAAACUUUGCGCUUCAACAACACUGCUGCUUGUUGUCUGCCAGCUUGUUCAACAACGUUGUCUGCUUCGCUGUUUGCUUGUUGGCGUGUGUGCGUUGGCUUGAUUCCUUGCACGGAUACACAGCUGACAAAGGGUCUGUCUGAGGCGCAGCGACAUCUCAACUUGCCGACCCAUCACAGCGCUGUGUUCUGCCACCGUUUCUACCACCAUUGACCAAGGACCAUGGCGACGACGGGAAACGAUCAAGUGUUGCUGGAGCCGUUUGACGACUCCGAGGCUGCCUUUAAGCAGGCGGCUGCACCCGUCCCUCGCAUCGCAGUCAUCGCCAACGUUGAGCCGCAAGCCAGGAAUAUCGGCGAGCAUCUUGCUGCCUACUGGAACUGCGAGCUGAUUGAGCCCGUGGCCAUCCUCGAAGCUGCUGUCAAAGAUGGCGUUGCCGAGCUGGAGCGCCGGAAGAAGUUGGAGGCCAAGCGCCGGCGGAGAGCCGCCAAGCGCGCUCAGAAGAAGGCAGAAGCUGGAGAGGACGGUGACGAUGACAAGACAGGGGGUGACGACGACGACAAGGAAGCCGACGGGGCUGGGCCUGAUGGUGAUGACGACGCUGGUGAUGAUGAUGAGGAGGAGGAGGAUGAUGAGGAAGAGGAAGAGAAGGGUGACGAUGAAUCCAUCCAGCCACGUCGUGUCGAUGCUGACGGACGACCCAUCUACCACUCUGGCACGUUUGGCUCUGGUGAUGGCGAGGAGGACGAAGAAGAGUUUGACCCGGACGAGGAGGAGCCAGACCCGGAGGUCGCGCGCAGAACCGAGUUGUAUCGCUUCAAACCACGCCCCCUGGAGUCGGCCACCAAGCUCACCAUGCAGGUUGCUGAGGCGCUGUUGGGCGGGGAGGCCGUCAGCAGCGACGAUGUGAUUGCACUCAUGGCGGAGCGCGCCGCAUCCCCUCGUGCCCAGCUCAGAGGGUACGUUGUGGUUGUGGACAUGGCUGCGGGCGACACGGCUCAGCAGGUGCUCGCCAACAUGCAGGAUUGGGAGUUCAAACCAAACUACAUCUUCCACCUCAAGGAGGCGGCGAGUGACCUGAGUGCACAGGUUGCAUCGAUCAUGCAAGACUUCCGCACAGGCGUUCUUCUCUGCGAUUCCCUCUGUGCUUCGGCGAUGGACGGCGCUGAUGUUGCUGACAGCGGCGGUGCCGGGAGCGAAGACGAGGAUGAAGAAGAAGAAGAGGACGCAGGGGAGGACGAGGAGGACAUGCUGAGCGAAGAUGCAACGGCAUUCACAACCCCGCGCGAUAACUCCAUGCCGCAGCAUGCCCCACCUGGUGAGGAGACGCUCCUGCAGUUUUGUCUGCGGCGCCCACGCGACGUUCGCAUCACCAGCGCCAACACCAGCACCAGCACUGGUAGCACAUCAGACACCCCUGCCCUUCGUCCCGUGUCUGCCAGCACGGAGGCUGUGCAGAGAAAGCUGCGAACAAUGCGGGCGCAAUAUUGCAUUGCCCUCAACGGAAUUGCGCCGCUCCACUCCUCCGUCAACGCCAUUUCCGGGUUCUUGCAUGAGCACGGCUUUAUGCCAACCAUCGACCCAAUCGCCCUCAAGCCCGAUGAAACAGAGUUCUCGAGCGAUGCGGAGAUGUUUGAGGUGCUGAGCACGCUCUCGCUGCACGAUGAGUUGGACGAGGAGGACUCGGAGCUGCUCGCGUGGACGUGGCAGCCAGGUCCCUUUGGUCCCUACUGCCCUGUUGCCUUGCACCUUGAGGGCGAGUUGAAGCGCGGCAGGGCGGCGUUGGCGGUUGUGUUCCAGGGCCGCCUCUACCUUCUCUCGUCUGAGACAGCACGCUCCGCGUUCCUGUCCAACCCGCGCACAUAUGUGUGUCGUCCCAAGCGCGUGCCAUGCCGUGUGGUCAUCACGGGUGGGGAAGCGUCCAAGAUGAGCACGAUUGCCAACGCGUUUCUCUCGUCCCGCCCCGAUGGGGGUGAGAUUGGCAUCUUUGACCUGGGCGACAUGCUUCCAGAGGAUGACGCAACAGACGACCAGAAGAACGAUGCUGUCCGCAACAUGAUCGAUGUCCUCGCAUCCUCAAAGUCGUGGGUGGCGCACGUGAGCAUUGACAAGCUUGCAGACACGGUCCACAAGCUGAUUGGUACGCCCGCUGCGCCGCACACGGUUGCUGUGCUGCGCCCUCCUCCCCGCCCUGCGCUGCCAGAGAUUGUUGUUCCGGGCCCAGACAGCGACGACGAGGAGGAAGCGUCCGUUGGCGUGAAGAAGCCGAUUGCUGCUGAUCCGCGCGUCGAGAUUGUGCAGGCGGCAAUCAGCGAACUGCAGCAGAAGGGCGCAAUUGCGUUUGGACUCAAACACACGUCGGCCGAGUGCCCCAUGGAGGUGGAGGCAGACGUGCUCGCUGACAUGCACUUCCACGCCAACAUGACAUUCAAGUUGGCCCCGCGCGAGACGCGAGACAUGUUCGCAGACGCAGCCGAGGAAGACCAGCCCAACUUCAACUUUGGUGACACUGGGAGGUUUUGCCCCGUUGCGCUGCAAGAGAAGGGUGUGCUUGCGCCCGGUGUUCCAGACUACGCCGCGCGGUUUGAAGGACGCGUGUACCGUUUCACCAGCGAGACGGCGCGCUCACAGUUCCAGGUCGCCCCGUACCAGUUUGUGUCCACCACCAAACCACAGUCGCUGCCGCCACCACGCGUGUGCUUUAUUGGGCCCUCUGGUGCGGGCAAGACGGUGUUUGCCAAGCGCAUUGCCAAGGAGCACAGCCUGCAUGUUGUCGACUUCCCCGAGCUGCUGCGGUCUGUGGCGCAGGACCCGACGCACGAAGCACACGAGGCCGUACAGGCGCACGUGGAGAACCCCGACGACGCGCCGCUGGCAUCGGACAUGGCGGUGGCGGUGGUGAAGAUGCUGUGGCGACAGGAGCCGUUCAAGACUGGUGGAUUUAUCCUUGAGGGGUUUCCACGCAACGAUGAGGAUCUUCGUGUUGCCACGGAGGCGUCGCUGUACCCCGACGCUGUGCUCAACUUCAGCCUGACAGCGCACGUUGCUGCGCGCCGCCUGCUCGACGCGGCCAUGAAGGCCUUUAUUGCCAAGCGAAACGCAAUCAUCGCCGAUCGCAAGGCGGAGCGGGAGCGCAAAGCAGCAGAGCGCCAGAAGCGGCGAGAGGCGUUUAUGGCUGAGCAGGAGAAGCGGCGGCUGGAGUUUGAAGAAAACCUCAGGCAGCGCAUCGAAGCAGGGGAGGACGUGGAGGAGGAGGAGUUUGUUGAGGAGGAGUACCAGUCCGCUGGAGAGGAGGAAGGCGAGGAAGACGAGAUGGAAGAAGAACCCCUCGAAACAGAUGAGCAAGCGCGGGACCGCAUCCGGGCCGAGCUGGUAGAUGUGCAUGAGCGCGUGGCGGAGGCUGCCGCUGCCGCUGCUGACUCAGCACGCGACGAGUUCAGGGUGACGUCGUUCACCGUCAACGCUGACUAUGGCAUGUCCCGCGUGUUUGGUGUGCUGCAGCGAAGGCUGAAGCCCCUCUUGCAGGACAGGGAGGCUGUGCUGGACUUUUGCUACCCGUGCACGCUGGACCACGCUGAGGAGCUGUUGGAGAAGGGCCUGUGCUCGCUCUCCGUGUUUGGGCACUGGGAUCCCGUUGACGUUUUCAACAACAAGGCGGCCAUGCCCACGCUGCAGCCCCGCUUUGCUGCCGUGUACCGCAACCGCGUGUACCAUUUCACCAGCAGCGACACCAGGGAGGCGUUUGUGCGGCGCCCGCGCAAGUUCCUGGCCAAGCACCCGCAGGUGCUGCCGGCGCUGUUCCCGGCACCGCGGAUGGCCCUCAUUGUGGUUGGGCCGCCGCGAAUCGGAAAAACAUCGCUGUGCCGCCGCCUUGCUGACGACUACAACGUGCCGCUCCUCAACACGCCCGCCAUCCUUGAACGCCUUCUCGCGCAGCACCCAGAUUCUGUGCUGGCGUCGCAGGUGCGGUCGUGCCUGAUCACGGGCGCCACGCUCUCACGCGACCUCGUUGCCCGCGCUGUUGAAAUGGCGUUUUUUGAUCCCCAGUGCUGCGCACGCGGAUUCAUCUUUGACGCAGACGCCAUCGACCUCCAAUCGCUGCAGCAGUGGGCGAGCGAAGCGCUUGGUGUGUUUGCAGUGAUUGAGUUGACUGCAACGCUUGACGCGUGUCUCACCCGCAGCCAACAGCUUCGUGCCGGCGCAAUGGCAAACGAAGCGGAGCACGACUCUGAUGCUGUUGUGCGCGCACGCUUUGACGGGUACACGGCGUGUGUGGCGCCCGCCCGCACGCACUGCAUUGAGGAGUACCGCAACUGGUACGAGAUUCCAGGCACACGCAACAUGUGGGCCCAGUUUUACGCCGCGCGUGCCGUGUGCGACUGCGUACUGCGGGCGAUUGGCACGAACAAGGCGCUGCAGGAGGCCGGGCGACCCGCACCGCUUCACCGCAUGUGCACACCAACGUCCACCAUCCGUGAUGCCCUCUCGUCAAAGUUUGACGUCCUGUGCCCCGUCAGGUGGGCUGACCACCAAGAGCUUGUGCGCACGCGCUUUGACGUGAUGGCGCACAGCGUCGAAUACGGCGGCGAGAUCUUCAAGCUCGCAGGCGAAGAGGAACUCAACACGUUUGUUGCAGACCCACAGAAGUACACGGAGGCGGAUGCGCCCGAGCACUUGCCGGAACAUGUGGACGAAUCGUCCGUCAAGCUCCUCUUCCCGCAAUCCAUGGAAUUUGGCGCCUUUUGCCCCGUCUCAUAUGUGCAGAGCGGAAACAACCCCGAAGCGAUCACGCCCGGCGCUGUCCAGUACGUCGCAAAGUUCAAGGACGCCUUCUACGCAAUGGCAACUAAGAAUGCGCUUGCGGAGUUUAUGAAGACACCGCACAAGUUUGCAGACGUGGUACUGCCCGACAAGAUCCCUCGCCCCACAACGCCAGUGAACGUGACAACGCUGCCGAUGCUGGCAUACAUGGACUUUACGGUUGCCCAGACCAUCACCAAGGCGUUGACAGCCGUGGGCUUGAAGCGGCCCAAGUUCCCAUUUCUCUCACCUACUCAAUCGGCCAUCUUGUACAUUGCAACCUACCUCAAGGCACACAACAAAGGGGCAUCCCAGUUUUCGAGGCAAAAGUGGCAGCAAAAGUUGCGAAAGUUUGAGGAGCGUUCUGACAUGUUGCUAUAUCUGGCGAGGACGAUGCAAGCGCGCUUCGACAUGAACCACCCCGUCGACGUGCAGCACAAGCUCUCGCAGUUCUUCUCCUUGCAGCCGCCCACACCUCACCCACAACUCAAGGCCAAAUCCGUCACCACAACCCUUCCCUGAACCACACACACACACACACACACACACA